CGACUAGAAGGUUUUCUCGAAUUUGUUUGUUGAACCAUGGACAACGAUGGUGUACGAUCACUGUAUCGGAAACCCAGUCCAAAUUUCUUGAAAUGUCAAGAAAGUAACAAGGAAAGCUUAAUAACAUGCAGUACCUCAUUAAUCCUACACACACUGUCCAUGACAACAGAGAAUAAAAAUCAGGGAAAUCACCAACCCUAUGUUUACAUGGAUGAGAUGCUCCAUAGCAUUUUCUUCCUUGGUUACAUUUAUGACUCCAGCUUGACUCCAGAUAUGUUCUUCACAAAACCUACAAGCUGUGCAUUUGUAAAGGAGAAGUUUCCUGAGCCAUUUGAGAAGUACAAAACUCAUCUGCCAACUCGCACUCCCUUUUCCAUUCUGCUAAACAUGAUGGAGAUACUUCAUUGCACUGAAGAGAAAAUAAUAAAAGAGCUUCUGCUUCUGCUGAAGAAACUCAGAUUCCCAAACCCUCUUCACAAACCAGGCAGCAAAUACGAGCAGUAUUACACACUAGAGUCAACAGUAAUCUGUGUGUGUUAUUCAGAUUCUGAUUCACAGAAGUACUACGGGGCAUCUCUUUCCUGCAGAAAAGGAAAUGCAAAGAGAAUUCUGAUUGACCUGUCUUGUCUUAACACAUGGCACAAGUUUAUAUCUCAUGCAGUCAUGUCAUUUAAUCUAAGAACUUCUGGUGAUGGUAUUACAUUCCCAGAGUCAGUGAAAUGUCAGGCUUACUUUAGAGACUGGAAUGAAAAUGUUUAUAGAAAAAGACUUCCAUGUUUAAACUGUAAACAGCUGUUUAAUCUACCAGAUGCAGACCUAGAUAAAGUGGAGCAUCCCUAUGGGAACUGUGCUGAGACAGAGUGCUUGAGCAAACUACUUUUCAAUAAUCAACACAUACGAGAGAACACACUGAUGGAAAAUUAUACAGAGGAAAACUUCGAGACUCUCACAGGUUUAACAAAAGCAAGCUUGACAACGCAACUUGCCCAGGCUCACAUUCACAUGAAUGAGAACUUUCUCUUCUACAGCCCAAUGCAAUAGUAAUGAAGAAUAAAAUUUGUGUUUAUCUUAAGGUACAGCUUAUAAUAUAUGCAUAUACUGUAGUAUAACAUGUUACUUAAGGUAAACAUAUAUGCAUUAUGCACACACAGGAACACCUGUACACUUAUUCACUCAUGCAAUUAUUCGAUUAGCUAAUGCUCAGGAGCUGAAGACUGGAAAAACCAGUCAAAGCAAAAAGUUUCCAUUCUCCUCUGAGCUCUCUUCUGAUCAAGGUGUUUCCACUGAUAAACCUGCCGCUCCAUGGAUGUUUUAUGUUUUUCGUACCAUUCUGUGCAAACUCUAGAGACUGUUGUUUCUAAGAAAAAUUAAAUAAAUUUAACUAGCCCACAGUCAAAGUCACUUAGAUCAUAAUUUUACACCAGUCUGAUAUUUGAUGUGAACAUUAACUGAAGCUCUUAACCUGUAUCUGCAUGAUUUUAUGUAUUUCGCUGCUGCCAGAUGAUUGACUGAUUGCCAUUGAGUGUUUAUAAAAAUUAUGCAUAUUUUUUAUUUGUCUUUUGAUUUAUUAAUGUAAAUGUCUUAUUUUAAUUAAACAAAGGGUUUAUUUGGGGGAAACAUUUCAUGUCAGUAUGUUUAUUGCAAACCCUCGUUCUUUUACAGUGAAUUUUCAAAGUCAAAAUUAAUAGUUGGUCAGUAAAUGAAGAAAUUCAAAAACUGCUGCUUGCACAAGCAAUCAAGCAAGAUAUUGUAAAAGAUAUUGUCUUAACGAGGACGCAAUUGAUUUAUUAUUGGUCUUCACCUGUUGACUAUUAAAACAGCUUUCAUUUUCUGAACAGAAACCACUUCAGUUGAACUGUCAUUGAAGUCUGAAGGAAAACGAAAGCUACGGAGGAUUUUAAGGAAGUUUAAGAUAAGGUAAAUAGAAUUUCAGAAUUUAGGAAAGGGUGUAAAAUUAUAUUUAAGAGGUGGGACAUAGCACUGUUGGAUCAGAAGCUGCAUCACACCACAGUAGCACUACCUAGACAAGGCCGUCCCUCAAAACUCUGCUUUCAUCAGCACAGACUUUUUGUUAAAAACCUCAGUACUUCCUUUAUUUUAUUUUCAUUCAUUCAUCUUCACUAACCACUUUAUCCUGGUAAGUGGAUCCAGAGUGAAUCCUAGCAACCCUGGGCACAAGGCGUAUGGAGUAUUUACCCAGGCUGGAAUGCCAGUCCAUAGAAGGGCACAAUUUAGUCUAGCCAAAACAUUUUUGGACAGUAGGAGGGAACCCAUUCAAAUGCAGGGAGAACAUGCAAAACUCUACAAAGUCACAAAAGCAGAUCAAAUCCAGGACCCUGGAGCUGUGAGGCUACAACGCUAACCAAUGAACAACUGUGUCAACCUUUUUUCUAUUUAUUUAUUUAUUUUAUUUAUUUUAAUGGAAUGGACAUGUCUACAAACUUGCCAAGCUGUAUGGUCUAUGAACACAUUGAGUUCCACCCUGAAUGUCUUCUGGCUGGAUGGGGAAUGGUUUAGUUUGUACAAUAUAAUUUACUUGGAGGUGCUAAAUGUUUACAAAGACAAGCUCGCAGGUCCUGUUCUACCCAGUCACAUCUUACGUCAAAUCAUGAAAAUAAAACCACUCCCUGAAACAAAUGGCUAACUUGCAUGUCAAUUUGCAUGUGACAGUGAAUGGCUUAGCCAUGACACAAAGGACAAACAAAGGUUUGAACCUUCCUAAAGGGGUUCUGCUUGGAAAACUCUCCAUUGUAAGGUUGUAUAUACCUUACAAGUAGUGCACCACAAAGAAACAAAGUGAACCCUUUAAGCUUCUAGAAUAAACCUUUUUUGUUUUAUUUUUUAUUUAUUUAUUUUUUUACAGCAUAGAACAUGGACACAGACUUUCAGGACAAGACCGUAAAACAAGCAUCUAGUUUCUGUUUCUUACUUGGCCCAGCAGAUGCUAACUAUUUGGCAGCAUCGGUUCAAAUUUAGUCAUAAGUGUGGACAAUUAUGACAGCAUUUAUGGUUGUUGUUACAUUUACUAUUCCUCAUAAAAUCUCACACCGAAUUUCAUACCUGCCAGUAAAUAUCAUUUUUUCUUGUUUGUGUAAAUCAGAGGGUUUUUUUUUUGGCCAUUCCAAGUGUCAAGACUGAUGUAUUAUAUUGAGGAAAAAGGGUUAUUCUCCCAAUACCAGAGUGGUUUCAGGAAGGGGAGGAAUACAAUGGAUUCUGCAAUUAGUCUGGAGGUGGCAAUAAGAAAGGCUCAAGUGAAUAAAGAGGUAAUAGUUGGAAUAUUUUUUGAUCUAGAAAAAGCAUAUGAUAUGUUGUGGAAGGAGGGUUUGUAAAUGAAACUUGAUAAAAUGGGAAUUACUGGAAAGAUGUAUGAUUGGAUCAAAGAUUUUCUGUGUUAUAGGACCAUACAAGUAAGAGUUGGGACUUCAUAUUCACAAGUAUAUUCUAUAGAAAAUGGAACUCCCCAAGGUAGUGGUUAUUCAU